AUGCGGGCGGGAGCGGGGAACCGGGCCUCGCCUCACGGCGGGCGCCCCUUCCUCACAGCCGCCGGGACCCCGGCGCCCGCGCCCAGAGUCAUGAACCGCAGCAGCACGAGCAGCGCGGCCGAGAAGGCGCCCACACCCAUGCUCUGGGGCUGUGAGCUAAACCAGGAGAAGCGGACCUGGACCGUCAAACCCCAGAAGGAAGGAAAGCAGUACUGUAAGCUGUUGCUCAGUACGAUUUGCUUGGGGGAGAAAGCCAAAGAAGAGAUGAACCUCGUGGAAAUCCUGCCCCCAGCCAGCCAGGAAGACAAGAAGGCCAAGCCCAUCACCAUCGCCUCUCUUCAGGCCUCGGUGCUCCCCAUGGUCAUGAUGGGAUUGGAGCUUUCUCCUCCAGUCACUUUCCAGCUCCGGGCUGGCUCUGGACCCGUGUUCCUCAGUGGCCAGGAAUGUUAUGACACUUCAGACCUGUCCUGGGAGGAGGAGGAGGAGGACCUGGAGGAGGAGGAAGAGGAGGAAGAUGACAGCGAUGAUGAUGAUGAUGACGAUGAUGAUGUUGAUGUAGAUGUGUCCCUAGAGGAGGAGACCCCUCUUAAACAAGUCAAGAGGCUAGCAUCCCAGAAGCAGACAGGUGUUGCCAAGAAAAAAAAGGUGGAAAAAGAAGAGGAGGCAGUGAGACCCAGCCUUAAAGACAAGAGCCCUGUGAAAAAGGCCAAACCCACACUCAAACCUAAAAAGCCAGGAUCCAAGAAAUGA